AUGAAUAGAGAAUAUAAUGAUAACUCAAAUAAUAAUAAUGUAUUUAUUAAACUAUCACAUUUGUUGUUGAAGAAAAUCAUCAGUUUUCUUGAUGAUCAUAUCGAUAGAAUCAGAUUCACUCUAGUUUGUAGACGUUGGUUUCAAGAGAGACUACACUAUUUGGUUCUAGCCAAGUAUUACUCGAAUGGAUCUCUCAAUUCCUAUAUCAAUUGUUGUGAAAAAGAUAAUAUCACUAAACAAUUGAAUUUGAAUAUCGUAGAGAAUCCUAAUCAUUUUAAGAAUCGUUUAAAUUAUACAACAACAGAUACAUUUAUGAAGGAAUCAGUAAUAUCACCUAUAUUCAGUAGUGUUUCACUUUUAGAGAUAAAAGAUUUCGAUAUCUCUAGAAUGAAAUCACACUUGGAGAGAUCAAAUGUUAGAACGGUUUCAUUGCGUAGGUACAACCUAGAACUGCAGCCUGGUAGUUUACCAUCAAACAUUGAUACUCUAGGAUUAUCAGACUAUAGCUUUCCACUACAGAGUAAUCAUCUUCCUUUAGGUUUGAAAAAAUUACUGUUAUACAAUUAUGAAUUCGAUUUAAUAGAUAGAACAAUACUACCUGUAACUUUGACAACAAUUGAAUAUUGUCCUUUGAGUUGGAUCAAACAUUUAAAGCAUCUUCCAUACUUGGAGUCAUUGGUGAUAAGCGUUGAUUUUCCAGUUGGUUUUAUGGAACAAGGCGAUUUCCCUAAUACUCUAACAAAGUUGGAUCUGUCGUUGUCUACGUUUGGCACGUCCAACUCUCUGUAUAUUCCUUCGUCAAUCAAACAUCUGACUAUCAGCAGUACCUACGAUGUAGAAUCGAAUGUACUGCCAAGAGAUGCUCACUACGACUAUCUUUGUAUAUCGGACUUCAAGUCUGCCAUUCUACCCGGCCAUUUGCCGGCCAACAUCAAAGAACUCGUAUUGUUUGGCUAUAAUCAGCCACUGGUUCCUGGAAGUCUACCGUUUGGCAUUGAAACGCUACGGCUUCCCUCUUUGAAAUCGCAGUAUCUCUGUCAAGGAGUGAUACCGGCUUCGACAAAGAAUCUCUAUAUUUUCGAAAACGAUCAAGAACAUCCUGUCGAUAUUCGAUCGAUACCAAACUCUGUCGAAACAUUUAGCUUUCCUUUUUACAAGUCGGAAAUAGAUUUUCAGAGACUUCCAGAUUCAAUUAGAACGAUUCAUUGUCGGAUCGAGCUUCUCAAUCGAUACGGUGUCGGUUCAAUCAAAUCGACCAUCAUAAAGAUCGACAUCUACGGUGUCAAUAGUUUCUACUCUCUCGAGAGAAUCGAUGAAGAUCACUUCAUUCUCACAUCAACAUCAAACAUUGCAUUCAUUAAUUUGAAAGAAUUGGAAAACACAUUGUAUGUCGAUGCAAAAAAUAUGGAAUCAAAUAGUCAAUGUAACAUUUUAUAA